CUUACGGAUAACAGCGAGCGAACAAGAUGGCUACCAUUCCUUCCACGAUGAAAGCUCUUGUGAAGACAAAGGAGGCGGUAUCAUUUGAUCUACAGGAUGUACCCGUCCCCGAGCCGACAGGGGACGAGGUAUUGAUCAAGGUGGAUGCAGUAUCGGUGUGCGGCUCCGACAUCAACAUGUACACGUGGAACGAUGUGGCCAAAGUCAUAGCAACCAUACCGUUUACGCCCGGUCACGAGUGCGCAGGUACGGUAGUCAAGUGUGGACCAGACGCUAACAUACCAGUCGGCAGCAAAGUCGGGGUCGAGAACCAUUACUUCUGUGGCGCGUGCUACCAGUGCACGCAUGACACCCGCGAAAUAUGUCUCAACAUGGGCCAGUUUGGACACGGAAGACAAACCCCGUAUGGGGGAUGUUCCGAGUACACAAUAGUUCCUGCCAAGUUUUUGUAUGUACUCUCGCGAUCUCUGACACCUGACCAGAUCGCAAUGUUGGAGCCUCUUGGUGUCGCCCACAACGCGGUCGAACGGCUGGAUUGUAAGGGCGAAGAUGUAUUAGUUAUUGGCUGUGGGGCCGUGGGUAUCCUCGCACAGAAAGUCGCCAUAUCUAUGGGUGCCAAAAGAAUAAUUGCAGCAGACAUUGACGAAGAGAAACUCAAGUUUGCUAAAGAAAUGGGCGCAGAUGUAACUGUCAACACCAAGGAAUGCAACCUAAAGGAGUUUAUUAAAUCGUUCACUGGAGGUGUCGGUAUGGGACGUAUCUGUGAAUGCAGUGGUGCUGCUGUUAUGGUAAAUGCUACCUUCCCUAUGCUGAGGAAAGGAGGACAGCUGGUGCUCGUCGGGCUUCCUAAACAGCCUCUACACGUGGAAAAUGUACUGCAAGACGUGGUAUUCAAGGCGAUGACUUUGAAGACAGUACACGGUCGUCGGAUAUACCAUACUUGGCGCGAAACCGAGGCUCUGGUGGGAGACGGUAAGGUUGACGUAGACCAAGUCGUCACACAUCGCUUCCCAAUGACGCAGUUUGAAGACGCAUUCAAAGUACUUAUGGCCGGUCAAGCGUGCAAGAUAGUACUUUACCCUUCUCAGUAGUAUACGGAUAUUUCCGAGUUGUUCUUCACUUUACCUCAACAUUACAAGCACGUCGUCUUUGAAAUCGGGAUCUGUAUGUCAGACUCCUGGAGAAAAGAAAAUAAUUGUAUCCAAUUGGUUAAAAUUUGCUGAUGUCCAAAUAAGGAUCGUUUCAAAUUAUUCGUAUAAUAUGAUAAUUAUUUAUGCAAUGGAUAUAAAUUCAAUAUUCUAUCAUAAAAAUGGCUUCGGAAUAUUAUAUAUAAGUUUAUGUAAUAAAUCUAAGGUAUUUAAUCAGUAACCAAUGCAUUUACUUACUUGAUAUUGUUAUAGGAAUGGGUCUUGUGAUAAGUAAUUACACUUAUUUACACGUAGUCCGAACUUAAUGUAUGCAGGGAUUUUAUCAGGGUAUUUACUGUACACUCGCUGUAAGUAUACUAACUGCCAUUUAGCCGGUUAUGAACCGUACAGAUUAUCCUAUUUAGCUAUAUAUUUAUGUUAUGUGAAACCAAUUGUAAUUCCUAUCUGUUGAUCCUUGUGUAAAUAAACCAAUGCUAAUCAUA